AUGGAGGAGGUGCAGAUGUUACAAGGCGAGGCAAUAAGAAAAUGGGAGGGAAGACGAGCUGGACCUGAAGGUGUGGUGUGCUCCUCUCAUGGGGAGCACUGGAGGAGCAGGCAACAAGGCAGGCAGGCAGGGAUUGCCUCCACAGCAAAGCUGAUCUUGUUGAGGCUGAGGGUCGAGGGGAGGGGAAGAAGGGGAGAGCUGAGAAAGAUAAUCAAUCCUCCCAAUAUGGGAACAAAAUCAGAUCCUUCCCAGGAUAAAAUAACAAUUCCAGAAAGAAAAAGGAGCUCCCUUCUCUCUCUGUUUCUCCCUCCUCUCCACCUCCUCCUCUGCAGCCAGCAAUAG